AUGUUUUUCCCAACAGUAAAGAGGUCUGAAAAGGAAAUCGAAAAGUUGAGUGAAUACGAACGCCAGAGACUUAAGAACAUAGCGGAGUUGGAACUUCAGUUUUCCGACCCAUUGGACAUCUUACAAGAGUCAGUUAAUCAGUUGAAAAACUCUAACGAUAGUGCCAAACAACAUACUAAAAGCAAAAAGAGCAAAUUCAAUUCUGAUACCAGUGAAAAAACAUCUAAACAUGUCAAUUUUGUCAGACGUUCAUCGCGUAUUAUUCAAGAAAAAAGGUAA